AUGGUGGCGUUUGUUCUUUUCUUCCUAAUUAGUUUUGCCGAUUUAAGUCAACAAGCGGAAUGGUCUUACUAUUAUGAAACAGAAUGGCCCGGAAUAUGCAGGACGGGUACGCAGCAGUCGCCCAUUAACAUUAUGACCCAAUCGGCUGUACUUGACGAAAAUCACACACACAUCAAAGGACCUCUUCAGUUCCGAGGAUAUAACAGCGUUAAAGUCCGUGGAGAAAAUAAUGGCCAUACUUUAAAAUGGGGUGUCGACGGUCAAGAAUCUCAACCAGUGUUGUCUGGUGGCCCUUUGAACGGCACCUAUACAUUCAUGCAGUUCCAUCUUCACUGGCUAUCUGAACACGCAAUAGACGGCAUGAAGUACCCUUUGGAGAUUCAUAUGGUACAUGUGAAAACCGGGCUGGAACUCAGCGAGGCCUUACAACGGCCUGAUGGUGUGGCUGUCAUUGGUACCUUCGCUCUUAUAGGACGUCACCGGGGCGCUAGCUACGCUCUUGAACAAAUUAUGUCGGACGUGCCGUACCUGAGCGACCGAACUCAGAACAAGACUGACGAAUUUGACAUUGAUCUCACGAGGAUGUUCAGCCCUGAUACUCAAUCGUACUACACAUACCAAGGAUCUCUGACGACGCCAAACUGCGAGGAAGUUGUCACUUGGAUUGUUAUGGACCGACCUAUCUACAUAACUGAUGAUCAGUACAAAGCAUUCUACAGCGUGGAUGUGGGCAGUUCCUACAACUACCGCAGUCUCCAACCCUCCAACCGAAUCGUUUAUAGAUCUGUUGCGUCAUGUUCCGCUAUCCUGAUGCCCAGCUUCGCUGGCACCAUUAUCAGUCUGCUCAGCUGUCUCUCCAGCACCUUGACCUCUGGUAUCAACAAAGGCAUCUGCGCGAUAUUGAACGCUAAGAGAAAAAUCUUUGGUAAUAGUAUUAAACAUUGCAGUAAACUACAUUAG